AGUUUUCAGGUUUUAAAGGAUAUUCAGAUUAUCUCACAUAGUGUAACAAACCUGAUAAAGCAGAUAAAAUGGAGCUUCGUUUGUUUAUAGCCACCAUUUUGUUAUUUAUAAGUUUCGCUUGGUGCAAACCACUGAUAGAGGAAGGUACCAAACCAGUAAAGCUAGGAAAAUCCAAGUUUUAUGGCCCUGCCAAUUCAGGCCAAAGUAAUGGACCAAAAAUAGAAGAUUUGAGCAAAACUAAAGGAACGAGUGCAAAUAAAGAUGAAGAAACUGAAGAAAAUGAAGAAAUGGAAGAACUGAAAGGUCCGCAAACAGAAGAAGAAGAAGAGGCGGAAGAGCUCGCAGAGUUAAAUCCAAAGCUGUUCGAGGGAGACUUAAAAUUGAGUAAGGAUGAGAUCGAAAAGUUAAGUAAAAAUACUGUAUCAAAGAAAGACACAGUCGCAGCCGCUGAAAGACGAUGGCCUAAUGCAAGAGUUCCCAUUAUCAUAGAUCAGACAUUUGAUGAUGCAAGAAAGGCUGUGCUAAUUGCUGCGCUGGAUCAGUUCAACAAGAAAACAUGUGUUCGCUUUGUUGCGAAAGAAGACUAUGAUACUGACUACAUUAAAUUCACAGUCGGCGAGGGUUGCUAUUCCACAUCGGUUGGAAAAAGCCUCCUUGGAGGAGAGCAGGAGAUAUCGAUUGGAGAGGGGUGCAAUUACCAAGGAACUGUUAUUCACGAAAUGAUGCAUGCAAUAGGAUUCUUUCAUGAACACACUCGACUUGACAGAGAUCAGUACAUCACAGUUAACUGGCAAAACAUAGAAAAAGGAAGGGAAGCUCAGUUUCAGAAGUACGCUCAUGGCGAAGGUGAUUACCUCAAUGAGCCAUAUGAUUAUGAUUCUGUCAUGCAGUACCCCCGUGAUGGCUUCGGUGUUAUGGUCAACGGUAAAAGACUGGCAACUCUUGUCCCCAAAGAUAAACCUUGGAGAAAAAUCGGUCAGCGGGAUGGAUUCAGCCAAGUUGACUUAAACCAGAUCAACAAACUCUAUAAAUGUUAUGUUUGAUUUGUUUUUGCUUUCAUCGUUAAAUAUUGAACAGUAAA